ACGUCGAGGCGAAACGCGUCGUGGUGUUUGCGUGUGUGCAAGCAGCUUAACCCCUAAAUUUCGGUUCGCGUUUGCCGGGAAUCCAGUAUAAACCAGGCCGCCAGUACAGGAGCUCGGUUACGUGGUGCGCUAUUCGGACAGUUCGGCAGUGCGUAUGGUUGUUCUCGCGGAUUUUUGAGCGCACAGCGAAGAGGACGCCCUGCUGGAGAAGGUGAAGCAAGUUCUUUACAGCGCUGGUGCCUCGCCCGUUCACAAAGCCGGUGUGCUCGGUGUCCAAGGGGAAAGGGAAGUGAGUUGUUGUGUAGGAAAAAGCGUGUCUGUGGGUCUGAUGUGCGCGUCCAAAAGGGAAUCAAAUAAAAAGGAAGUGUGCAAGUGGGUAAAUAACGCACCCCCGAAAAGGUGGGCUUAAUUGUGUGUAAAAGGGUGCACGCGCACGCCCGCACCAACUCGCCCGGCUGGAGUCGAUUUUCCCAAGGUGAGGAAUAUUAGGAGGGCGCAGAGUUUCGGUUUCACGGCCGAUCGGCCGGAACGGGAAAUCGAUCAUUUUCCCAACCACCACCGCCGGGUCCACAUCCUUUUCUGCGGGUGGUUAUUUUUUUAUUUUCGUUCCGUGUGCUCGAAUAGUGGAAGUGUUUGGUGGGUUGUGCUGCGGGUCUUAGAAGUGUGUGGCGAAGAAUCGCGAUGCGGUAAGAAGUGGUUCCCGUAGCAACCAGCAUUCAACUCGCCAAGCGAACCUGCCCGAACGCAAUAGCAUUACAAUCAAUCAGGGCACUGUGUAGCCGUACCCAGCACUCCAGCAGCAGAGCGAGGAAGAGCCCUCCAUCCCCUUCGAUCAAUGGCCAGCCGUCGACACAGGACAGCCUUCAACUGCGCUCGGGCGGUGUAAAGUCCGCCAGCCACGACUGCAUGCAUGCAAAGAAUGUAUGCACAGCCAUCGUCUCUGUUGGUGUGGUCAUCGUUAGUGUCAUCGUCGUCGUUAUCGUUGUCACCAUCGGAAGGAACGGAGAAGGAAAAGAGCCGCCAGCAGCAGCAGCAGCUAGAAGGUGUGGAAGCAUCGCAAGAGCAGCAACACUUGCCCCGAAAUCAAAACUAUCUGGAGAAGCGAGAGUUUGAAACGUCACCGCAGCUACUGGCCACCAUCAACAACCGCAACGCGCUGCCGUUGCACCGAGCUGACCAGUCAAUCGAGCAGCCAGCCGCCAACAGCAUGUCGGCAACUGUUGCUAGCAACAACAACAACAACAACAACAACAACAACAGCAGUAAAACUUUAUCGAGCGAAAGAGACAGUAGCAACAGUGCGAAGGAACAGCAAGCGGCACCGGCAGUAGUGCAGGGCGACGACAUGUCACAGACUGCUGCCACCGAGGUGGAGGCGGAGGCCGGCAGUGGCCAUCAGUCAACAACCGUACCGCCAGCGGCGGCAGCAGCAGCACCAGCACCACCAACGUAUGGUGCCUACACUAACAAUACUUUACCGCGGGGGCCUUAUCUUCAGUAUAAGUAUAACAACAUUAGUAGUGUUCCGUGCAACCAGGACAAUAACGAACAUCAGCAACCGCAGCAGCUUAUACUACUACACCACCACCACCAGCAGCAGCAGCAGCAUCAGCAACAUCAUCAACAUGCAUCAGCACACCAACAACAGCAGCAGCAGCAGCAACAAAAUUAUCAAAAACAGCACCAUCAUCAACAACAACCACCGCAACAACAACAACAACGACAGCCGUUACGCAGCAGUGACGUGCUGGAAAUGAUUUCACGAUUCAAACGCAUCACCCCUCAGCUGGCGGAGGAGCAUAACGGCACAGACCGUCGAGAGGAGGGGGUGAUGAUAGAGGAGGAGGACGAGGAGGAGGAAGAGGACGAGAUGGGGAAGUAUCACCGGCAGCAGCUAGAGCAUCAUCGCUACCCCCACCACCAACACCAACACCCGCAACAACAACACCAUCUUCAUCAGUCGACCCAUCAACAACAGACGGCGUUGAUGGUGACGCACAGCAAGGAAGACGACCAGGGCUGGGAGCGGUACAAGGGACGGCACGUCGCGCAACAGCUGCAGCAACAGCCGCGUCAUCACUACAACAACCACCACCACCACCACCACCACCAUCCGCAACCCCAUCAACAUCUCUAUCAACAUCCGGCGGCGGUCAACCAUCAACCGGCGGACGGUGGUCCCGAUUAUCAGCUACGGCCGUUGACACCGGCGACCAACACCGCCACCGGCAGUGCCGUCUCGCUCACGAACGUGAUCGCCCUCAAGCGCCCGAACCAGGCGGAAGGGUGGGCAUUGCUCUGCCAGUCCGUCCAGGCACUGCAGGACCUGUUUCUCGGAGAAACACCAUCAAUCAGCAAAGUUCGACCGUUGAUAACGCCCGCCAGUCUGCAGAUCAGCUCGCGCGGACGCGUCGUGUUCAGCAUCGUGCCGGCAACCGGCGGCGUCAGCGGACAGCAGCAGCAGCAGCAGCAGCACGAGCAGGGACGGGACGCCAGUGCAGCGCCGGACUUCGGCACGUCGGAGGAACCGUUCCUAUCGCCCGAGUACAUCAACUCGCUCGGCAAGAACGUGCAGUUCAGCGAGUCGGACGUUGAAAAGAUGUGGAUCUACUCGCUCGGUGUGACAUUGCAGCGCACUGUCUCGUCGUUCGCCGUCAACCACCAGCAACAUCAUCACCAGCAGCAGCAGCAGCAGCAAGAGUACGACGGAGACGUCCAUCACCUGCGGACAGAGGACGCACUCACACCACUCGACCACGUCGUGCUGGCGAUGUGCGAAGCGAACCUAUACCAGCGCGCCAGCCUGAUGUUUCUGCUCGAUAUCAUAUCGGACUACUGCAAGAACCAUCACCUGUACAAACCGUUCUCGCACAUGCUGAUCGAUCUGUACCGCGAGGUGGUCUCGUCGGCCGAACCGCCCAACCAGCAGCGCCCAUCGCCGAUAGGGCAACCACCGGAGCUGAAAAUCAAACGUUCGCUCGAGUCGUUCGAGGAGCAAAAAAGCGAUACCGACUCGGGUCGAUCGUCUGACCACGGUGAGCUGCUGGAGGUACAUCGGAAGAAGGAACCAGCGGUCGGCACCCAGCAGCAGAACCAUCAACCGCAAGGCUACGGUCCGAUCGUUUCGUCCUGCGGCGACGACUUCCCCGAGUACGGUGCGUCCACUGCCGCGACGCUGCUCAAGGUAAAGCGACCGCCGACGGCAAGCAACCAUCAUCCGGCCGAGCAGAGGUUCUGCUCGCUGCCGAGACCCUACGACCGGCACCAGCAGCAGCAGACGCUCGGUGGUCCCGAGCCGUACCCGAACUACCACACCAUCUCGUACUCGAAGAGUGGGGCGGCACGGGACAGCGCCGGCCUGGUGGAGCAGCCACAGACCCAUCUGCCCCAGCAGGGCGUCACCGUGCGGCGACGGCACAAUGCGGAGCUGCUGGCCGCACGCCGACGAGCCGACUACCGGCGCAACACCAUCGACGUGACGAUGGUGGAGGUCAAGAUGGCGGAAGCGGCGGCGGAACAGCAGCAGCGGGGAAUGCAUCUGCAAUCGGCGACUGCUGCUGCCGCCUACUUCACCGGCCGCCCCGGCCGGCUAAUGCCCUCCAAGUCCAUCAACCAUCUGGCGAGUCUGGCCGGUGGUGAUGGUGGCGACGGUCCCGCCCCACUCGACCAGAGCAGCUUCAAUGCCACCUCCAUGCCCAAUCUUGGCAUCCCGUUGACGACGGUUUCGAUCGCCACCCAAACCAUCGCCAAUCGAAAGCCGACCGAAGCGGCGGUGGCGGCGGCGACGACUGCGGGUGGCCAACAGACCGAUCCCAGCGACCCCGCACAAGCAGCCUCGCACAAAGGUCCGGAGUUCAUUAUCAAUUCCCACUCAGCACCAAAGUCAAUUGAUCUCACCGACGCAAAGACGCAGCAUCGCAGAGUUGUUACAAUUCUUCUGCUCAACGGUACCAAAGUGAACGUCACGUGCAAUCCCACGACCACGCUCGCCCGCCACAUCUUCGAGGCGAUACUGCGGCUGGAGGGGCUGGGGGAAAACUUUUUCCUCGGCCUGUGCGCGCUCAUCGGUGGCGAUUUCGUCUUUCUGCCGCUCGAUCUCAAAAUCUACAAGGUAGCGCCCCAGAUAUGGAUCAACACGUCGAAAAAGUCCACCCCGGUGGUGGAAAACGUUGUCUUUACGCUUUACGUGCGCAUCAAAUUCUUCCUGCCCACGCUACGAGGCGUCAGCUGCGUCGAGUCGCGCCAUCUGCUCUAUCUGCAGCUGCGCAAAAGCAUCCUCGAGCGGCAGAUACUGUGCGCGGAGGACGAUCUGAUCGCGCUCGGCGGGUUGGCGCUACAGGCCGAGAUUGGCAGCUUCAAAGAGCACAUGAAGUACACCGAGUACUUCACCAUCUCGCACUACCUGCCGGAGGAGGUGUACCGGAAGAAGCGCGAGCUGGCCCGCUACCUGCGCAACGCGCACUUUCACAAGCGCGGCCUGCACCAGCGCGAGGCAGAGCACAACUUCAUCCGGUACGUGCAGGAGCUGAAGGAGUACGGGCUGCACCUGUACAGCGCGUCCUGGGCGACGAGCGAGGGCAUCCUGCUGGACGUGUACGUCGCGAUCUCGCUCGCCGGCGUCGCCAUCUUCGAGCGGAACGUGCGCUACCAGCCGCGGACCGCCGCCCAGGAGCAGCAGGAGUGCCGGAACGGCAAGAGCAGCUUCCUGCGCCACCUGUACGCGUUCUUCGACUGGCUCGAGAUCGAAAACAUCUGCUUCUCGAAGCACGCGUUCUGCGUGGUGGUGCGGCGCAGCGAGACGCUCGGCCCGAAGAGCGACAAAAAUCUGGUCAAGUACAAGCUGCGGAUGGACGGCAGGAAGAGCUACUUUGCGUUCAACCUCGCGUCCGAGCACCACAAGUUCUACAUGAAGCUGCGCAACUCGUUCAUCUCGAUCAAAACCCUCGCGAGCGAGCUGAACAUCCCGAUCGAGCAGCCGGCGGGCAGCGUCGGUGGCGGCGGUGCUGGUGGGCUGCUGGCGGACGAGGACGGCCGCCGGAAGCGAACGGUGGGCGAGCUAGUCAUUGACGGCCAACCGUCGCCCGAUCCGGCCGCGUUUGAUGCGAAGCACAUCGAAAAGAUCGACAAACCGUUCAAGACGACCGGGCUGCGGGUGCGCAACCUGAAGAAGUCGAUGCUGAACGACAACCGGCUGGCCAGGCUGCGGCAGCGGUUCCUGCUGAAGCGCUCCAAAUCGACGGUCGAGCCGGGCAGUGGCGGCACGUCCGCGCUCAACCUGACGGUCGAGAUCACCAACCAGCAGAACCAGAACAAGGAGAACGAAAAUCCCUUCCGACGGAUGGUGCCGGGCGCCGACGAGCCCGACCAUGAGCCGGAGGAGGGGGACUUGCGGCGGCCAGUCUCCUCCCCGUCGGACGGUACCGAUACGGGCCACACGGGGGGGACGCUGCGCUCCACCACGCAGUCGGGAGGCAGCCCAACGUACGGCUACGACCAGCAGCAGCAGCAGCAGCUGAUGUCACCGGAAGACUCGCCCAAGACGACGCACAGCAUGAACCGGAACAAGGUGAAGAUGGGCACGAAGGUGUUUUCCGCCCAGUUUCUCAACAAAUCGUUCGACAAUCUGGCGGCGGCGGGCACCGGCCACCCUCACCACCAGCCGCCGGGCGGGCUGAGCGGUGCCGCCUCCUUCCAGAACGUGGCCAACAUUAGCCGCAGCAGCAGCAGCGCCUACCUGCUGCAGGAGGACGACGGCGAGCUGGGCGGCGACGGCCGUCAGCAGGCGCCGGCCCCGCCGACCCAGCCCCUGAUCGAGAGCAGCGUCGACGAGGUGCUGUCGGUGAAGAGCAGCAUGGGCUCGGUGUACUUCAUGGAGAAGAUCGACGAGCAGUCGGUCGGUGGCAGUGCGGAAACGUUGCUGUCGCCGAAGGCCUGUGUGAUACAAUCAAGCAUCCGCAGCGAGAGCUGCCAGUUCGAGCUGCCGAUGGCGGACGAAACGAUCUCCGACACGCUGCUGGAGAAGUUCAACAACAUCAGCCAGUGCGGCGGUGCGUCGACCGAUCGCAUCCUGGCGACGGUGCUCAUCGUCAAGGACGCGAUCGUGGACGACGCCCCGUCCGCCCAGCGCCACUUUCUGUCCCGGUCGCAGGAAUCGAUCGCGCUCCCGGGCAGCAAGUGGUCGCUGACGGUGCCCCCCCACGGGUACGACGAGUUCGACGAGCGCUUCCCGUACGCCACGAUGGGUGGCGGCGUGCGGAAGAGAAACCGGGAUCCGACUGCCGCUGCCGCCAACACCACCACGCGUUACACGCUCGGCAUCAGCAUCGUGCAGGGUAACGAUAACAACGUGUACGUGAAGGACCUCGCACCGAACGGUCCAGGCGCACGCAACGGUGUACGGGUGGGCGACCAGAUCAUAGCAGUAAAUGGGAAGUCGCUGCUCAAUCUGCCGUACGCCGAGUCGCUCAGUAUUCUACAGCAAACGGGACGUACGGUGGAGCUCGUGCUGUCACAAAUCUUCCAACGGCCGCAGCAGCAUCAACAGCAAUCCUCCCUAAGGGACCUCGACCAUCAGCAGCAGCAGCAUCAACCACGGCCACCCACCGUUACCAAGUCGAACAGUUUGUACAUCAAGAAUGGUAGCCGAUCGGCGACCGCAACACCGCUGCUCGACCCGCACUACAACCUACCGCCAGCGCCGAGCUACACGAAACUGUACGAGGACGUCAAAUCGGCCUACAACCCACAGCAGCAGCAGCAGCAGCAACAACGAAAGCCGGACGGUAGUGCGGACGGCAACACGAACGGUGGCAAUGUCGCCAGCCAGCGGUACACGAAAAACGUAGCCGACAUUCUCCGGACGCGCAAUCGAAUGGCACUGGCCGAUCGAGGUCACCAGCAGCAGCAGCAGCAACAUCCCGCACCCGCCUACGUAGGGCUUAGCCCGUCGAAAAGCAUGCCCGACUUGCCGAAGAUUCUGCAGGCCUACAGCAAGCAACCGCCCACGUUCGGUACGCUACUGACUGCGGUGGUCGGCGGCCCACGGCUCGGCUCGUCGGUAAAGCUUCCCGGCCAGCAGCAGCAGCAGCAGCACCAUGGCACCAUGUCCCGCAAGUACACCGGACCGACCCGCUACCCGGUGACGCCCGCGAAGGACACGUUCAAAACGACCGUCGGCCCAAUCCGGACGCAGCUGUCCCUCUCGAACGCUUCCGAGGACGAGCAGGUGUUCAUCUAAUCUCUUUACGCCCUUGCCACAAAACCCAAGAAAAACUAGGCUAGAGAGCGCGAUACAUGGCGGAUUCGGGGAGAGGGGUCAAUAGAGAGAGACAGAGAGAGAGAAAGAGAGAGAGAGAGCGGGAGAGAGAAUUACGAGUCGAAAGAGAUAGCAUGUCCUCGCGUCCUUCUAUAUGCGUAUUAAUGUUGUAAUCAGUUUGUUGUUUGCGUAGUUUCGAUUGUUUGUUUAUCUUCAACAUUUCUACUUCCCUCGUCUCAUUCUCUAUCUCUCUCUCUCUCUCUCGAUACCUCACCCCUGCUUCCUUAUCUUGCCAUGUGUAUGCCCGUGUGUGUGUGUGUGUGUACGUAAGUGUGUGUAUGUGUGCGUGUGUAUGCUUCCAUUUAAAUAGAUAGCGGCGUGGAAUUGUUGAAGGUUUAAGGCACACGAACAAAGGGGCGACGCAAUAAUCCGCAAGGUCCCGGAGCUAGCCGGAACCUAUAUACCAAAAUCCUCCCUACCCCCCCCCCCCCCUCUUCUCCUCAUAGAGAUAUUUUGUAGCUCAGGGUUUUCACGACACCAGGCCGGAAAAGGGAGCGUUAACCCAGAUCAGCUACCACGUGGUAGUUUGUAGCGAAACCUCUCUCCAUAUACUUCUCAGAAAGUAGCUGCAGCUCCAAGGACCUUGUAAAAAACAGGCCCAUGGGUCACUAGAAAAGAGUUAUCAGAUAUAUAUAUAGAGACAGAGAGAAAAAAAGAAAGAGAGAGAGAGAGGGCAACACAGCAGUCAGAAGGAGUAGCUAGCGAGGUAGUAGCUGUGUUUUGUGUUUGUUUUGUUGUUUCUUUAAAGCUUUAGCGGGAAGCGGGUUUCGUUGCGUUUAUUAGCAGUCGGCAGGUUGUGCAAGCAGCAUGAGUCUUUCACCUUACCUCCCUUUUCCUUCACCUAACACCCAACACUGUAGUUCGUUGCGCGUGUUCUUCACGUGUUUGAGACGCUCGCUGCGCAGCGCAACUGCCGACGACGACGACUAGCUCUAUAAUCAGUAAGUAAGGUGUGAUCGGCAACGCGGCAAUCGACUCUGUAUUGCGUUAGUUUCUUCCCAAUUAGUUUCCUUUCCAUUAGGCGUGCACGUGGUUGCGCGCGUUGCGUUGUAUAGCGGGGCUAAGACCAGUUGCUUCCUAUUUGAAUUUAAUUGAAUUGAAUUGUAGCCACCAGUUAAGAGAAAUCUGUGGAUCUUCCAGUAAACUUGCAUAACAAGCAACAGAACAAAAAACAAGCAAACAAACAAACGAAGAAGAAAAAAAACAAAAUGGAACAAAACGAGAAACGUAGAUAGAAACAACAACAAAAAAUGGAAAGAUAAAUAAUAUGCAUACGGUUUAUCAAUGUUAA